AUAUCCGUGGGAUUGUAUGCCCACAAUUAAAACGCCAAGCAGCCUUACAUCAGCCUUUGCAACGCACCUGCCUAUGGAAGUGGGCAAACCAUUGUUGUGGCCACCAAUUUUCGGCAAAAGUGACAGUAAAGCAGCGGCGGAGAAGUACGACAAGGAAAUCGAGCGGCGUUCACACUGGACAACGACUGAUUGGCUGGAGAAGCACAAGUACGCCGUGGAAGUGCACAAUGUCACCACAACCGACGGUUAUCAGCUGCUUUUGCAUCGCAUACCCAAAUUAGGCAAACAGCCCGUCUUGCUGGUACACGGACUGCUAACUUCAUCACUCGCCUGGUUGCUGCUCGGACCGGGCAAGAGCUUAGCGUUUCUGCUCGCCGACCGCAACUACGAUGUUUGGCUGGCGAAUUUGCGCGGCUCAGCAUAUGCGCGCAGUCACACGCAAUUCAGCGCCGACAGCUCGGACUAUUGGAGCUUCAGCUUCCAUGAAAUGGGCGCCUACGAUCUGCCGGCCAUAAUGGACCACAUUGGGAAUGAGAGUUCGUUCCAGCAGUUGCUGCUAAUUGGACACUCCCAGGUGUAG